GAGAGAGGGAGGGAGAGCAAGCGAGAGAGCAAGUCUGAGAGCGAGGGGGAGAGGAGGACUGUAAGGAAAGCCGCUUUCUCCGUUCUGCAGCUCCUGACAAGGCGCCAUUAGGAACAGGAUGUUAAUGCUCGACGGGAUGCCUGCUGUCAGAGUCAAAGCAGAGCCCCUGGAGUCGGAACAAGGGUCCCCCAAAGUGCGCAGCUACCCAGACAUGGAAGCAGUUCCGCUGCUGCUGAGGACAGUGAAACCUGAGCCUCCCGAGGACCUGCUCUCAUCCAGCCAGUUUCAGGCACAAACAGAACCAGUGGACUUGUCCAUCAACAAAGCCCGGACCUCUCCGCCGUCAGGGCCCUUCUCCUCCCGCUCCUCGCCCGUGACAUCUGCCUUCUCCCCGUCGCCAUCGUCAGCCUCCUCCUCACCCCCUACGGUCAUCACCUCAGCACCCCCGGCAUCCUGCGUGCCGCCCCACUCUGGCAUCAGGGGACAGCCGUUUCUGCACAUCAUCCACCCCGUCCCCCCGUCCAGCCCCAUCAACCUGCAAAGCGGGAAACUACAGGGCCGCGUGCAUCGCAUCCCUGUGGUGGUGCAAUCCGUACCUCUCAUGUACACGGCCGUGAGCCCCCCCGGGAGCCGUAGCCCUGCUGUCAUGCUACCUCUGCUGGAGGAUGGGAGGAGUCAAAGUAAAGUAGCGCAAAACGACCCCAACAGCUUGUCGCCAAGACAACCGAAAAGCGACAGCGACGACGACCUUCCAAAUGUGACCCUGGACAGUGUUAACGAAACGGGAUCGACGGCCCUCUCCAUUGCCAGAGCCGUGCAGGACUCCAUGUCCCCGUUCAGCAUCGAGGGCAUGCGCCGCCCGCGGAGGUCCGAGUCCCCCGACUCCAAGAAGAGGCGCAUCCACAGGUGCGACUUUGACGGCUGCAAUAAGGUGUACACAAAGAGCUCGCACCUGAAAGCGCACCGGAGAACACACACAGGUGAGAAGCCAUACAAAUGCACGUGGGACGGCUGCACGUGGAAGUUUGCCCGCUCGGACGAGCUCACGCGACACUACCGCAAGCACACGGGUGUGAAGCCCUUCAAGUGCGCAGACUGCGAGCGCAGCUUCUCGCGCUCCGACCACCUGGCCCUGCACCGCCGCCGCCACAUGCUGGUGUGAGUGGAGUGGAGGGGAGGGGGCGGGCGAACGCCACACAAGGGCACCCGAGGACGAGAUCACGGAGGAGCAGGGCCUCGUCCGUACCUUACGGGUUCAGCAGGCCUGAACCCGGCCCUGUUUGCCCAGCAGCCCCGCCAUGGCCGGGGGGGGUGGGGGGGGGUGGGAGUUGGACAGGAGAACCUCAAGAGGGGAAACAGGGGGUCCACCCCCUCGGGACAGGAGGGGGAUUGGAUGGGACCCUGAAACCACAACCCUCCUUUCCACAUGUGAGAAAGUGGUGGAGCACAGCAUCGUGUGUGUGUGUGUGUGUGUAUGUGUGUGUGUGUGUGCGCGCACACACACACUUAGAGCGCUCUGCUCAGACUCGCCUAUUUGGUACGGCACCACGCUCUGCACUGAUGUCCGACCCAUAAGCAACAGUGUAUUCGGGCUUUUAAAUAGCAUAUGUGUGUGUGGUUUUUUUGUUUCUUUUUCCUUUGUCGUCGGUCAGAAGGCUGCUUUUAUAAUGCGUCUAUAAUGUGAAAGGCCACUGCAGACGGAACCCUCCGCGGACAGCUGUUGCACAACUUCCUGUCCCCACCCCCACCCCUGCACCCACACCUUCCAUGAUGCACCGAACUCCAGCACCCCAAAGGAAGCCAGCACGUUGUUGGAUCUCUCCCCCCCCGGG